UCACUGACGUCGUAGUGGUCGCUAGUCUGUCGAACAUUGGUUGAAGCGUUUCCUUUCCGGCGAAAAGCGAAGAAAAACAAAGUCAUGUAUCUAUUGCUCAUUUCGGUUUCACUUCGUUGAUUGAGUUUGGAUACAUUAGUGGCUGCAGCCGAGUCAGCUGUGUGUAUUGGGGAUUAUUAAGCGCCCAUCCGAAAGUGCCAAAAAAAAGGACGCGAUAAUAACGGGAGGAAACCUCAAUGGAGUGGACGAUUCGGUCGGAUAGAGUGAGCGGUGAAUAAACGUUGUUUACUAAUGUUACCUGUGAUUUGUGAUAGUUAAGACAAGCAGAAACAGUUCCUCGCUUACAAUUACGUUGGAUCAAAUUCGAUGGAGAACGCGUUCAAGUUGGGCUUCACCUCCUAUUGUUUCAGUUCGUUCCAAAUGGCUGACCAAAGCGUGUGAAAAAAUACAUAUUGUGAAAUACGGGCAGAAUUCGUUAUCAGUUCGUUUAAUUGGAAGUGUGUGCAAACGUUUGUUGGUGAAAUCAUAAACAGCUGGGCCUUUGUAUGUCUCGCUGGGGAACCCUUGGCGGGUUGGAGGUGUACCAAGUCGGCUAUAGUGAAGCAAUGGAAGAAUUGGAAAACAAAUUUGCGGCGAUAGGCAUUGGCUCGAAACAAAUCUUUAACCUUCUCACUACGAAAGGCGUAUAUAUACGCUCUCGCCAGUCUUUCACUGCUUCACAAUAGUCACUGGUCUGGCGCAACACAACGACUGACAGGCGCAUAACGCGCCGUACCUGCUGAUGGAUUUCUUCGAGACUUUGCCACAGUGAAAAGGAAGUGCCGGAUACUUACGACUAUGGCUACAAUGGUAAUAAUCCCUAUCACCAACAGCACCAACAGCAGCCUGAAACCCACGGAGGUCCGUGCAGCGACGCCGUGAUGAUCAAAGUAGACAUACCGGUCCCCAUACGUGAUGAGCAACGAUUUCCAAAGGAGAUUUGGAAAACAUUCUUGGCAUUUUUCGCGCUCUGCUUCAAUUUCAUUCUGGCGACGGUGUCACUCUCGAUGGUACAUGAUCGCGUACCUGACCGAGACAUCUAUAGUCCGCUACCCGAUGUUGUACUGGAUAACAUAAGGCCACUCGAAUGGGCGUUGGAUGUCAGCGAGGUGCUCAUCAUGGUGGUGGUGAACUCGUGCGUCGUGCUGAUUACCUUCCACAAGCAUAGGUUCAUAGUGAUGCGGCGGGUAUUCCUCAUCAUGUCGCUGCUCUACUUCAUGAGGUCAAUAACAAUGUACGUGACGGUACUGCCAAUCUCGAGCGUCACCUAUUACUGCAGCCCAAAGUCGAACGCGACAACCGCGCUGGAAAUCGUGAAACGUGCCGCUCAACUCUUUUCCGGCUUCGGGUUGUCCAUCAAUGGCAAGCACACAUAUUGCGGUGAUUAUAUCUACAGUGGCCACACGGUGACGCUUGUGAUGGGAUACAUGAUUAUCGCUGAAUAUUCACCAAAGAAAUUCUGGCCCCUGCAUUGGCUCGCAUGGUGUGCAAGUAUGACCGGCAUCGUGAUGGUGCUGCUCGCUCACGGUCACUAUACCAUUGAUGUACUGAUUGCUUACUACGUGACAACGAGACUCUUCUGGACCUACCAUACGCUCGCGAAUAAUAGUCUGCUGCUGAAGCAAAACGGCCACAACUACAUCGGCCGCGAAUGGUGGUUCUUCGUUUUCCGGUACUUCGAGAAGAACGUCCGCGGACCGGUACCGCUCCACUAUGACUGCCCGCUGCCAAUACCCUGGUCGAAGAGAACACCCAAACUCCCAAGCCGAGACAGUUGAUGACCGGUCGAUCGGGCUUCCAUAACAAUUCCUAGCGGCCAGAACGGAAGAGGGUUCGAAGUGCUGGGCGAAAGCGUCGCCGAACCGGGACAAUUUGGUUAGUUCGAUGCCAAAGCAAUAAAUGUGUUUGGGUUUUGUUGUGCGUAUGUGUGUGCGUGUAUGUGUUUGGGCGAAUGAGAGUCGAACACGGCGAUUUUUUUGUUCCGGUGGAACCUGAAGUGGGAGUGAAAACGCUAUUGACGGAAAGUAGCUAAUCCAAACGCAUAAGACUCAAAAUAAUAGUAAUAUUUAUGUGGUUUUAAGAUGUAUAAAUUAGGUUACGUGUCGAGUUUAUUUUAUGUACAUAAAUAUGUUGGUAUUUAGGUGAAAAUUCGGAAAGCCGUACCUUUUGGAUUUCGGCCAUGUUUUGCAAAUGAUGGCUGAGGAACACUAUUGGAAAGGGAGAUUGAAGGCUAAUUAUGGUGGGAAACAUUCGUCCGCCGUCCGAUUAACAAACUUUUAACAGUCUACGGUUAUAAUUAUCAGGAGACUUCUCUAGUCACAUUUAAUGAAUGGCAGUGAAGCGAGUAAGGCGAAUAUCGAUGAGAAGGAAAGGAAAUACACAUUAAAUGUGCCCAACUAACCAACUGAAAAUCAGCAGCUGUCUUUAGGGAUAGUGAUUUUUUCUAAAGGAAAUAACCCCGAAAAUGUGAUAACCUAUAGAGACAACUAAACUAAUUUUACUGUAGUAUUUAGACGAAUUAAAGACGAAGUUAGUUGUAAUGAUUAACAGAUAUUCUGUGAGAUUCUUGUUGGAAGCUUCAACGCAUAAAAGUCAAUGUGUGUUCAAUUUGUAGUUUCUCCCGCGACUAUGAUAUUAGGAAGGGUCCAAUCAGAAACCGUUGGUUUUACCAACAGAAAUGCGUGCCUUUACCGGAGAGAAAUUCGUUUGGAAAUAAGCAAUAAAGUUACGAAAAUCGUA